CUGAGGAGAUGGCCAAAGGGUGCUCUAGGACUUUACAUUUAAAAUUUCAAAUGGUAUGUUUACCCCUGCAAAAUCUACAGUACGUGAUAGCUUUACCAAAGUGACGAGGACCCACAUGGCCAUAACCCAUUGUGCUUCAAACGACGGUCGAAAUUCUUGCGCCAUUUACUUUCAAAAUCACACUCUUCACCACUGUUUCUGCUCUCUCUCUCUCUCUGUGAGAACCAAACCAUUUCUUAGUCAACAAAACCUCCUGUGGGUCAACUGGAAACUGUUCAGUAUCCUAUUGUUGGAGUUCAUUCUUGAUCUUGAACAAUGGAGGACAUUGUUGAAUCAAGGGAAGAGCUCAUGGUUUCACCAACUGGAGGAAACCAAUCGCUCAGAACAGCCCAUUUUCUGAAGCCCUCUGUAACUUCCGUUGAUGGACCGGUCUUUAACAUCCCACGAGCCUUAUUCCUCUCGGCCACCACUACUAGUACUACCAAGCUCGGAAAUUUCCCGAUUCUGUGGUGGCAAUCCCCUCAACGGAAUUGGAAAUUUUGGGUUAGAAGCUUGCAUUCAGAGCACCACCUCACAUGGAAGAAAGCUGGGAUUUAUGAAGCAAUUAUGGGUUCUAAAUACCAAAUUGUGAAAAGCCAAGAACUGGUUCUUGGUCUUGCGGAAAAAUGGUGUCCCCAGACGAAUACCUUCAUCUUCCCUUGGGGUGAAGCAACAAUAACUCUAGAAGAUGUUAUGGUUUUAGGGGGUUAUCCUGUUUUGGGUUCUCCGGUUCUUAGUCCUCUUGGAAGCGUAGAAUCGAAACGAAGGGAAGCAAAACUAGUGGAAGCUCGAUUGGAUUUGCUGAGGUCUAAAAGUAGGAAAGCUAGCCAAAGUGCAUGGUUGAAGCAUUUCAUGGGCAGUGAGAGUGAGUUUGAGCAUGAAGCGUUUCUUUCAUUAUGGUUAUCCAGGUUUGUUUUUCCUUCAACCUUUUCCUCAAUCUCGAAACACCUUUUUCCACUGUCGAUUCACCUAGCUAGUGGGACCCAACUUGCUCUUGCCCCUGCGGUUCUUGCUAGCAUAUAUAAAAAUUUGAGUUCUUUGAAAGAAAAAAUGGGUGAUUCAACUACAUCAAAGACUGCUGUAAAUCUUUGGGGACCUUUUCAAUUAGUACAGGUUUGGGUUUGGGAGAGAUUUGUAGCAUCAAAGCCGAAACCCGAAGAGAUUAAGUUCCCCAGUGAGCCUAGGAUAGCUCAAUGGAACAAUGUGAAAGCACCAAAACAAGAGGAUGUGAAAUUUGCUUUAGACUCUGCAGGAGAAAGUUUUCUAUGGCGACCAUAUACAUUGGCCUUGAAUAACCAUGUUCUGCCUAAGUUUUACCUUGAAAAAGAAGAAUGGAUAUUAGUUAAUGCAGAUGUUGAGAAAGAAUUAGAGUCAUUUGCUAGGUGCUUGAGGGCAUGUGAAUUGGUGGGGAUAGGAUUUGUACAGCAAUACUUCCCACAUCGAGUAGCAAUGCAGUUUGGCAUCGAUCAAGAUCUUCCGGGCUAUGUGGUUGGAAACAAUGAAAAUUACAGUGAACCCUUAAAUGGUGCAAUGUGGUUAUAUGUUCCAUCACGGUUUUUCAAGCCUAAUGUUACCUCUAGAUAUUUAGAAUGGUGGAAGCAGUCUACUAAAGCGGAACAUGAUGGGAAACAAAGAGGUAAAGAGGAACAUCAAGAGAAUUCAGGGUCUGUUCCUCCUGGUUUUUCUUCCAAAUGGAAAGAUGUUGAAGCAAGAAACUAUGAUAUGGAAGAUAAAUUAACUGUGAAAGAAAUGUUGAGACUUCAUCAUUGUAGUUCAGAUAAUAGAAUGGCUGAGAAGAAUGGGAAAAAUUGUUUGUCAGACGUUAGAAAGAUCAUGAAAAUGGUACCAGUUGAAAAUAUGAUGCAGAGUUCAAGUGAAAGUAAACUGGAGAUCACAGCCAAGGAUGAUAGGAUUAGUGGAGUGGUGAGUAGUAGCAGCAGCAGAGUUUAUAAUAAAGCAAGAAGGGUGAUGGAUGAGAAUGAAGAAGAGAGUAGAAGAUGUCAUAAAGUUGAUAGUUUACGCAGAUCAAUGCAACUUGAAGCUCGGAUUUGCACGCUCGAGAACAUGAUUUCUCAGUUAAAAGUAGCAAGACUAGCAAGGAACAAGACAGAAUAAAUGUCCUUAUCACCCUGUAGUGGAUAUGAAAUUUGCUUUGUUCUAUGUAUAAUGUUGUCCAGUCCAACAUAUAUACACACUAGUUUUGGAUUCUCUUUUGACAUAUUUUGGAGAAGAUAUAUGGCUGUUACUAGUCUUUUUUGUCCAUAACUAAAUGUAUCCCAAACCUUUACUGAUUUUGAACUAAGCUUUAUACUAUUUGAAUAAGGAGAUUUUGAUGUGCUUAUUAUUUU